GGUGCCGCACCUUUGCAUGGGUCAUCCUGCUCCCGCUCAUCUUUCUCAUUCACCACUGCCCGCUCGACCCCACUGGCUACCGCAGUUGCAAUGAACAUGUCCGGCCUUGCCGAGCAUCUGCAAUACUUGACUGCUUCACGGGAAGAAUCAGCCGAUCGCGACAGACGCGUUGUUGAUGAGUGGGCGAGCUACAGAUCCAAUAUUAAAGAUGUGAGCCAAUAUCCUGAUGAAGGCCCAGAGGAAGAAGAGGCUUGGGAUAGCGUCCUUGCAGUGUACGAGGGCGAGGAAGCAUCCAAGGAGCGGAGCACCUCUUCCAUACUAUCCAAACUCCUGUCAAAGCCGAAUAUGGAGCCAUUGCUCGAAUCUAUCCUCUCAAUAUUGGAUUCAUCUCGCGCUGAUGAUGAUAUCUCUGCCGAUCUAGCAGAAAUGGUUGGAUUUGACAAUAUUGGGCUAGUGAUGGACAUAUUAGGAGCCCGAUCUGCCGUAGUCCAGCAGCUUACUGAGUUCUUGCGUGGAAAAUCAACCGGCACUGCAGCGCCGCAAUCCGAUAACAGACAUGCUGCAAACCGAAAUAAAUUCCAGAAAGUGAGUCUUGACUCGGAAGAUGCGAGAAGACGUAUGGAAGAGGUUUUCCGUGCAAAUGAAGCUCGUCCCCUAUUCUCCGGCGUCGCACACGAAGCCCGUGAAAUCUUGCCCAACGUGUAUACAUCUGCUUCUCUGGUGCAGGAAAACUAUCUGUCACAGUUCGGAAGCCAUUACGUCCUUCCAUUUGGUACUACUCGAUACACCUACGAGACCUUUGAAGAAGUAGUUAUACCUCCUGCAAAGACCGUCCCUCCACGGGCAACGGAACGUCUGAUUCCUGUGUCCGAAUUGGAUCCCCUGGCUAAAGGCUCCUUCCCUGGCUAUUCAUCGUUGAACAGGAUUCAAUCCAUUGUGUACCCUAUAGCAUAUCAAUCAAAUGAGAAUAUACUUGUAUGCGCUCCCACCGGUGCUGGUAAAACAGACGUAGCUAUGCUUACGAUCCUCCGCGUUCUGGAUCAAUACCGAUCGCAGCCUUCGAAUUCGCUACCACUCGCUGCGGCAAUUGACAAGAAUAAGUUCAAAAUCAUCUACGUUGCACCGAUGAAGGCAUUGGCAUCUGAGAUAGUCCGUAAACUCGGCAAGCGACUCCAAUGGCUGUCCAUCCAUGUACGGGAACUCACCGGUGACAUGCAAUUGACCAAGGCCGAAAUCGCCGAUACACAAAUAAUCGUGACGACACCUGAGAAGUGGGACGUGGUCACUCGGAAGCCGACGGGAGAGGGGGAACUUGCAUCGACAGUCAAAUUGCUCAUCAUCGAUGAAGUGCAUCUUCUGAAUGACGAACGAGGCGCUGUCAUUGAGACAAUUGUGGCUCGUACUCUUCGCCAGGUAGAAUCAACGCAAUCUGUCAUCCGCAUUGUAGGGCUUAGUGCGACUCUGCCGAACUACCUGGACGUUGCCGAAUUUCUCAGAGUGAAUCGUUAUAUUGGGUUGUUCUUCUUUGAUUCAUCUUUCAGGCCUGUUCCUCUUGAACAGCAUUUUAUCGGCGUCAAAGGGAAGCCUAAUAGACCUCAAUCCCGGAAGAACCUUGAUCGCGUCACCUUUGAGAAGGUGGCCGAACUUGUUCGAGAGGGUCAUCAAGUGAUGGUCUUCGUUCACGCAAGAAAAGAGACCGUCAAGACAGCUUUGGCUCUCAGGGAAGCUGCAUUGGCAGAUGGUAUAUUGGACGAAUUCAGCUGCGAGGAUCAUCCUUCCUUUGGCUUUUUUCGUCGUGACAUAUCGCAGUCGCGGAAUAAAGAGAUGAAAGAACUCUUUGACAGUGGCUUUGGUAUCCACCAUGCUGGAAUGCUGCGGCCCGACCGGAAUAUGAUGGAGCGCAUGUUCGGAGAGCGAGCAAUCAAGGCUUUAUGCUGUACUGCCACGUUAGCCUGGGGAGUGAACCUGCCUGCGCACGCAGUAAUUAUCAAAGGCACACAAAUCUACGAUAGUGCGAAGGGCUCAUUUGUUGAUCUCUCCGUGUUGGAUGUGCUCCAAGUCUUCGGACGAGCAGGCCGCCCGGGAAUGGAAAGCAGAGGCAUCGGUUUCAUCUGCACUAGCGAGGACAAGCUGACACAUUAUCUCGACGCGGUCACUUCUCAGAAUCCUAUUGAGUCCAGGUUCGUUGCAGGCAUGAUAGACGCCCUCAACGCGGAAAUAUCUUUGGGUACUGUCGCUAAUGUGGGCGAUGCAAUGCAAUGGCUUAGCUACACGUACCUGUACGUUCGAAUGCGCAGGAACCCACUCCAAUAUGGCAUGACUCACAAUCAAGUCGUAGAGGACCGGUUUCUCGUUGGCAAGCGAAAUCAACUAGUUUUGGAGGCUGCGACUAGGCUUGCGAAGGCUGGUAUGAUCACAUAUGACAAGGACGACUUUGCGAUCACCGAUCUUGGUCGGAUCGCGGCGAAGUACUACAUUCGACACGCCUCCAUCGAGAUAUUCAAUGAGAAGUUCAAACAGAAGAUGACCGAAGCGGACGCUCUCGCGGUACUCAGCAUGAGUACGGAAUUCGACCAAAUACAAGUGCGAGAAAAUGAGGUGAAGGAAUUGGAGAACAUGAUGGAUCACAUUCCAUGUGAUGUGAAGGCACAAAAAGGCAAGUCGAUGACCAACCAAGACAAGGUGAACAUCCUAUUGCAAGGUUACGUCUCUCAGUUGCGCCCGGAAGACUUCGCACUUGUGUCCGAUCAAGCAUACGCGGCCCAAAACGGAGGACGCAUCGUGCGAGCGUUAUUAGAGAUAGCAAUCAGUCGACAGUGGGCAAAUGCCAGCGCUGUUCUCAUGGGAUUGAGUAAAGCAAUCGAGAAGCGGUUAUGGCCCUUCGACCAGCCUCUUAAGCAGUUCAAUUUGAAGCAGGAAGUGCUGCACAAUCUGGAGAGAUGGGCUGAUGACUAUUCCGUGGCGGAGCUGGCCUCGAUGACUGCCGCUGAACUCGGCGAACUCGUGCAUCUUAACGAGCACCACGGCUCUGCAAUUCGCGAUGCGGCGAAACAAUUCCCUACCGUUGGAAUUCAUUACAAGUUACGUCCUUUGGGCUCUGACGUUCUCAAGAUCGCGGUGCAAGUCAGCCGGGAGUUCAAUUGGAGCUCGAAACUUCAUGGUUCUGUUGAACCAUUCUGGUUAUGGGUGGAAGAUCAUGAAGGAACGACCAUCCUGCAGCUCUCACAUCUGGUAUUUCGACAAUCCACUAACGUUUUGGAUGUCGACUUCAUAAUAUCUAUUCCGAACGGGCGGCCACCUCCGUCAGUGACAAUGCGAUUCGUAUCCGACCGGUGGAUAGGUGCUGAGUCUGAAUUAUCUGUUGCACUUGACCAAUUAAUCAUGCCUGCAUCAUCCGAAUGCCAUUCGUCUGUUCUUGAUCUUCCAUUCCUUCCAAUAUCGGUCGUGCAUCAUCCUGAGAUUGAGAACGUUCUGUCUCGAACAUUGCAUUCACUCAACGCUCUUCAAACGCGUGCGUUUUGGAGCCUUGUAAAGACCAAGAUGCAUGCGCUGCUCUGCGCUCCCACAGGCUCUGGUAAGUCUGUCCUUGGGCAGCUGAUGAUAUGGGAAACCUUACAAGAUUCUUCCAACAUUAAUUGGCUGCUCGUUGUCACACCGCGACGUAGCAUCGCAGCAGAACUUGCUGUGGAAAUGCAUGUGGCGUCAGCAGUCCUGAACACCUCAGUCGAGAUCGUCACGAGCGAUACAUUAUUCAAGCGACCCCAUUGUAGAACAAUUCGACUGAUAACUGGAGCAGAACUCUUGCGCGCAAUGUCUCGAAAAGACGGUAGAAAGGAUGCUUUAUAUUCGCUCAAGCUGGUCUUGUGCGAGGACCUAGAACUCUUAGACGCUGCGUACGAACUAGGUGUCUCUCUUCUCAUGCAUGCGACACAGGCUUUACCGGUGCGCUUUGUUGGACUAUCCAGCUCACUCGACGAUUCAGCCGACCUCGCAGCAUGGCUCGGCGUCGACCCCUUGGCCUUGCACAGCUUCCGUCCCGAGGAUCGCGAUCAAUCCUUGAGCGUACACGCGCAGACAUUCACUAUUCCUCACUCCGCUGCAUUGUUCAAGGCGAUGGCAAAGCCUGCCCAUUUAGCCAUAGGAGCAGUCCCUGGAGACUCUGCCAUUGUUUUCGUCCCGUCGCAGAGCCAGUGCAGAUCUGUCGCACUGGAUCUGAUCACACAGCGCGCUCUUGCGUUGGAGACUUCCAGGGGAUAUCUCCCUGCCGAAGUCGAAAUGGUUCAACUAACGCACCGUCUUUCACGACUUAAAGACGGGGCUUUAGCUGACUUCAUCAAUCAAGGCGUCGGAUUCUUCCAUGAUGGCAUCCACAAGGCGGAUCGCAAGUUGAUCCUAGAACUCUUCGCGGAAGGGCUUGUCAGGGUGCUUAUAGUCCCACGAGAUGCGUGCUGGACCUUGCCGGUGCGGGCUGGGACGGUUGUGGUAAUGGGCACCCAGUACUUGCACAUUUCGGGCGACGAAUGUCGAUUGCGAGACUAUGGACUCGAAGAGCUUGCCUGGAUGCAAGGCCGCGCUGUGCGACAUAAUCGCGCGGGACACUUUCAUCUCUUCUGCCACUCGGAGAGCAAGGACACGUUCAUUCGCUUCUUGAACCAUGGUCUCCCCCUCGAAUCGAAACUACUGGAAACCGACGUGCUUUUGAACUGGUACCGCGAUCGACGGAAGGAUGAGGGUAUUGUCAACAAGCAGCAAGCUGUUGACAUGUUGUCGUGGACGUUCCUAUCGCGUCGACUCACCAGCAAUCCGGUAUACUACGAUUGCACAUCCACUUCGGUGAACGAGCUACUGUCGCGAUUAGUAGACAACCUGGACGAAGAUGUAACUAAUGGCUGAUGGUGUACACAUUGUUGACCUUGCUCAAGCAAAUCGCAAAUGAUAUUAUAUAAUGUAGACUUCUACAGCAAUUAGGACACGAGGGACCGCAUCUACUUCAAGUACUUCCGCAACCCCUGCAGACGCUCGACCGCCCGUUUGAGUGUGUCGACAUCCUUGCAGAAGGCGAAUCGAGCGUAGUUUUCGCCAAUGGAGCAGUGUUCUAUACAAUAGAACUAAAAAUCCAAGGUUAGAUGGGCUG